ACUGCAAAUGUAUUUGGCUUUGCCAUCUAUUACCUUGCUCACUACCCCGAUGUUAAAGAUCGUCUGCGUCAAGAGAUUGAUCUUUUUUUUAAUCAGAAUCAGAACAGAUCACUUACAUAUGACGAUUUAUCAAAUUUGAUAUAUUGCGAGGCUGUGAUUAAAGAAGUGUCUCGUGUAAUGACCACGAUACCCUUUAUAAGUCGUUACAGUUCCGAACCGGACGUGAUAGAGAAUAUCCAAUGGGAUGCAGAUACGCAUUUUUUAAUUUUUACUCCAGGAAUUCAUUUAAAUGAUAAUUAUUGGAAAGGACCCGAAAAUUUUAAUGCCGAUAGAUUCAUCAAUAUCGAUGUUCAAAAACAGCAACAGAAUAAUUUGAUCAUGUGGGGCGGUGGUUUAAGAAUGUGUCCUG